AUGACGCUCACGCUGCAGUUUUCAUAUCCUGUUUGGAGCACUCAACACGGCUUGGGUCCUCGGUUUCUGGAACCCCAGGUAUCCGAGCUGCGCUUCUCCAACACGACGGGGGCAUCGCUCAACUGUGCCGUUGCGGGUCAGCCUCCGCCGAGGGUCACGUGGUUGCGUGAAGGCGUCGAAGUGGAGCCACUCCAAGGACUCCUGCUUCUGCUUCCCAACGGCACGCUACGGUUCGCAGCCUUCGCAGCGUCCCAGUUUCGUCAAGAAGCACACAGUGCCACAUACCGGUGCAAAGCGGCAAACAUAUUCGGGGCCAUCCUGAGCACGGAAGUGCGCGUGCGAGCAGUUGUGGAGCAAUACUACGAAGUGCAAGUGUACGACGAGUUCACCAUCGCCGGAAACACGGCUGUUCUUCGAUGCCACGUGCCGUCCUUCGUCCGUGAUGACGUUAUCGUUAUGUCGUGGGAGCAGAAGGUUGCUGACAAGAUCGAUCUCAUUGUCAGUGGUGGUCGCAUGAGCGUGUUUCCUAGCGGAGAGUUGCAAGUGCGCCAAGUUCAACAGACCGACGGCACCACCGAGUUUCGCUGUCGCACCUGGCACCGACUUACCGGAGAAACCAAACUCAGUUCUUACGGCAGGCUUGUCGUGACAGAUAUGAAGGUGAAUGUGCCACCACGCAUUACAAACGUGCAAUCUUCUGUCAUCGCAAAAGAAGGUGACUCUGUGGAGCUGCCUUGUGCUGGCCAAGGAUACCCUCCACCGAAAUAUUUAUGGGAGAGACUGACUGGAGUUGACAAUGGGAGCCCCCACAAUCCCAUCGUCGUUGGAAGCUCGAGACACGAACCGACUGAAGGAUCGCUGUUAAUCCGCAAGGUGGAACCGCGGGACGCAGGAAAAUACCUGUGCCUGGUCACCAACGCGGUGGGCGAGGAACGGGCAACCAUCACGCUGAACGUGCGAUCCCCUGUUGAGGCAAGUCUAGCACCCGAUGUGCUCAAUGCUCAUGUUGGCCAGCCGGCAUCCCUGCGUUGCGCUUCGGCUGGUCGACCGCCACCCCGAGUCAGGUGGUUAAAGGACGCUCAGGAGCUUCUGGACGACGGGGUGCGCAUUCGUCUGCUCGAUGACGGACACCUCAUGCAGCUUGCCACUGUUUCCAACCAAGACGGCGGCGUGUAUCAGUGUCUGGCCUACAACACUCUCGCCCAGGCGCAGGCAUCGGCACAGCUCAUUCUUGGAGACACCGCUCCAGUUCUACUGGAAUCACCCAAGGACUUCAAAGUGAAACCCGGCGACUCCUUGCUUCUUAAGUGCGAAGCCACAGGUUCACCGGUACCCAAGAUAACGUGGAGCGUUGAUGGCAUUCCUGCUCGCCACAUAAAAUCAUCCAGCAGGGUCAACAUCAGCGAGGUAUGCAAAGUCGAUGCUCAUGCCUACUGGGCUGAUUUUCGAGGAAGCGAACUUUACGUAAAUAUUUCUCGCAUACGGACCGAAGAGGCCGGCCUGUGGCGAUGCGUCGGCGUCAACUCGGCUGGUGCGGCAGAGGCCACUGCGCGCGUGGCCGUGCGCGGACCACCUGAAGUACGACCCUUCCGAUCCAACCGCACCGCAGUGGCCACCGAAGCGCUGGAGAUGCACUGCGCGCUGCUCACCUACCCAAUCAAAUCUGUUCACUGGGAAAAGGACGGGCGUAAGCUACCCUUCCACCACCGUCAGAAGGUUUUCGCCAACGGCACUCUGCUGCUUCUGGCCACCACUGUUCAGGACGCAGGAAAGUACACCUGCGUGGUUACCAACGAGCAAGGACAGAAUGCCAGCGCUAGCCUUCACGUCAUCGUUAAAGUUCCCCCACUUAUCGAGCGAUUCGCCUUCGACGAGAACCUAUACGAGGGCAUGCGCACUCGAGUCUACUGCAACAUCGCUCGUGGUGACCAUCCUGUCCGUAUCACGUGGCUUCGAGACGGACAGCCCGUGAAGUCCAGUCCCGACAUCGAAGUUCGCGUGCUCGACCCCUUCUCAGUAGCGCUGGUCAUCGACAGCCUGAGUCCCGAGCACGACGGUAGCUACACGUGCGUGGCAUCCAACACUGCGGCCAAGGUCAACUACACGGCGCCGCUCAGGGUUCACGUGCCUCCACAUUGGAUUAAGGAACCAGUGGACACAUCAACCGUGGAAGGCCACAGUGCGAGCAUUGACUGCGUUACCGAUGGACACCCAACACCGAGAGUCACAUGGCACAGGGGAGUCGAACCAGGCGCCACGGAAUACCGACAGAUCAUGAGUGGCCCAGACUACCAAGUUUUCGAAAACGGCACGCUGCGUGUCGCACAAGCGCGGGUCUCGGACCGGGGUUCGUACCUGUGCCAAGCUACCAAUGGCGUCAGCACUGGACUCAGCACGGUCAUCACUCUCAACAUCCAUGUGCCAGCGCGCUUCAACGAGUCCUACCGGAACCAGACCGUGCAGCGGGGUCACAGCGUCGCCCUCGAGUGCAGGGCCUCUGGCGAUGCGCCCAUCAACAUCAGCUGGAGCCGCAACGGACGCUGGCUGGACACCCACAAAUUGCGGGGUUCACGCGUGAAGACCAAGUCGCUGCCGGACGGCCUUGUGUCCACUCUGUCAGUGCCUGGGGCACAGCGGGAGCAUUCGGGAAUAUACGUGUGUGAAGUGGCUAACAGCUACGGACAAGACGAGAAGCACAUCCGGCUAAUCGUGCAAGAACCUCCAGAAACACCUGUCGGAUUCAACGUCACCGGCGUCACCAGUCGUUCAGCGAGCCUCACCUGGAGAGAGCCGUACAACGGCAACAGUCCCAUCCUGUCCUAUCUCAUACAGUGCAAGAACGCUUCUGCUACGUGGUCAGUGGACGCGGACUCGUGGGUCCGCAAUAUGAGCGCUGAUCGUGACCAAACGUCGUGGACGGUGCGCAGUCUACAGCCUUCAACCUCGUACCACUUGAGGGCAGCCGCGGUCAACGCGCUGGGUGUGGGACCCUUCACCCAUCCACCAUUGUUGAUCACGACGGACGAGGAAGUGCCUGGAGGUCCGCCAACACAUGUUUCCGUCCAAACAUUAGGACCUCAGUCUCUAAAAGUUACUUGGAAGCCUCCGGUUCCCGAACUUCGUCACGGCAGCAUCCGGGGCUACUACGUGGGCUACAAGCUGCACAAUUCGAGCGACCUGCACCUGUACAAGACGGUCGAGAGCGGAGGAGAGGGGGACGAGGCACCCGCAGAGUGCGUGCUCAACAACCUGCGCAAGUUCACCAAGUACAGCGUGUUGGUGCAGGCGUUCAAUGCCGUGGGCGCCGGACCGCGUUCAGACGAGGUCAUCGUCUAUACUGCGGAAGACGUGCCUCAGGUGGCUCCGUCGGGCGUCCGCUGCUCAGCCAGUUCGACCACGAGCCUUCGUGUCUCAUGGGCAGUGCUACACGAGAAAAGUCUGGACGGCCUCCAUAAGGGUUACCGCAUCCUCUACGUGACGAUUGAUCACGAUCUUUAUGUCGUCCUUGAUGGCGUGGAGCCUUUCCGCAACUACAGCGUCCGCGUAGCCGCUCGCACUGGCGCCGGCACGGGUGCAUUCAGCGAGCCAGUGCACUGCAACACACCCGAAGACGUGCCUGAAGCACCUGCGGACAUCAAGGCACUAAUCUUGGCACCAGACGCCAUCCUUAUCAGCUGGCUUCCACCACCCAAAGCAAAUGGCGUGCUCCAGCGCUACACUGUGUACAGCCGAGUUCAUGCCCACGCGCCCAGCCAGCCGGGUUCAGGUGGUGUGCCGGCGCGACCGGUGUCCGUGCCGUCCUCCCAGUUCUGGCACGAGACCCGAGGCUUGCGCACGGGUCAGCGCUACGAGUUCUGGGUGACCGCGUCCACCGGAGCCGGUGAGGGACCGGCCACGCGCAUCGUCACACAGAAUCCGGAAGUACGGGCUCCGGCACGCAUAGCGUCCUUCAGCCGGGAAGUGGCAGUUGCACUGAAACAAGACCUGGAGCUUCCCUGCAGGACAGCGGGACAACCGACACCAGUGAGGGAGUGGCGGACAAGCUCUGGCCCCUUGCGGGAGAGUGACCGUAUUCGAGUGCUGCCCUCGGGCACCCUACACAUCGAGGCAGCCGAGUCAGAUGACGCCGCCAACUACACCUGCCACGCACACAACCUGUACGGAAGGGACGCUGUACAAUACACAGUCCGAGUGCAUGAGUACGAGGUCCACUACAAAAAGCAUCAGGGCUCCUGGGACUUGCUGCGCGUGGCUCCACCGCAGCCUAGAUCCAUCGGCGAAGCUGGAGCGAGAGACACACAUUUGACGUCCACGUUGGCCUCGGCCAUUAGCGUCAACAGCAGCUGGUUGGCUCACGAACUAACUGGCCUGUCGUGUGGCACGCAGUACCACAUCUACAUCGUGGCCGGCCGACAGGGUCGCAGCGAGCCCAGUGACACCGUUUUCGCAAGGACGCAAGGGGGAGUGCCAACGUCGCCUAAGCGGGAGGCCUUCGUGACGCCGAACGUGAACUCGUUGACACUUCUUCCGUCCUCCUGGGCGUCGAAUCAAUCCGGCUGCCCCGUGUCGCACCUGGCUGUCGAGUACAGACCACGUGACAGCUCGGGACCCUGGACGGUGGCUUCACGCGCACUGCAGCCGCGAGAGGGUCCCAUGACGCUGCACCACUUACGGCCAGACACCUGGUACAACUUGCGUGUCAUGGCGCACACCGAUGCCGGCACAACCGCAGCCGAAUAUGUCAUCCGCACUUUGCCAGCUUCUGCCACGGUCGCAGGCACCGUUCUCCCAGAGUUGAUGGUCGUGAACGGCGGUGGUGCCACUGACGGGAUCUGCCGCUGUUAG